UUCAUUAACUUCAUUUGAGAAUCCUCUCUGUUCCCGCAAAUAAUAAUAUAAUUUCAUCACCAAGCCUUAGCCGUGAGACUACUGUCGAUGUUGAUACAAUUUCCAGACAAGAAAGAAGAAAUCUUAUACUUUUUAUCGAGUUUACGAAUUUGAUCCUCCUAAUGGGCCUUGUUAAAGCUUUCACUGUUCUGUCGUUCUUGCUUCGCCUUGCCAUUGCAUCGGAAUCAGAGCCCAAUUAUAUUUAUCAUGUUUGCUCCAACUCCACUGCUUUCACCAGAAACAGCACCUACCAGAACAACCUUAAUCGACUCCUAUUUUCAAUUCGCACGAACGCAAUAAACCGCCCAAAUGGUUUCUAUGACACCUCCGAGGGCGGGGGCGAGGAUCGUGUAUACGGCCUUUUUCUUUGUACUGCUGGCCUUAGCAUUGAAGUCUGCCAAGAUUGUGUCAUCAGUGCGACCCAGGACAUUGUCGGACGUUGCCCCAUCGAGAAAACAGCCAUAGUGUGGUACGAUGAGUGCAUCCUGCGUUAUUCAAACCAAACAAUCUAUUCCAUCCUGGCUCUAUCACCUGCUGUAUAUAUGUGGAAUACACAGAAUGUCUCAGACCAAGAACGUUUUAAUGAGCUUUUAGAAACCACAAUGACUAAAACAGCAAAUCAGGCAGCUGCUCCCUUUGGUGCUAUAAAAUUUGCAACUAAUGAUGCAAGUUUUACAGCGUUUCAAAAACUAUACACCCUUGCACAGUGCACGCCGGACCUAUCUUUUAGUGACUCUGCUCAGUGUCUUCAGACAGCUGUAUCAAAUUUGCCAAGUUGUUGUGAUGGAAAGCAAGGUGGAAGAAUCUUGUAUCCAAGCUGUAAUAUUCGGUGGGAAGUUUAUCUAUUUUAUAAUGAAACGGGGUUUCAUCGUGAGGUUAGUCCUUUUAACAAUACGACUGUGGUAGAGGGAAAUCCACCUUCGCCUAUACUUCCUCCUCCUCCUCCUAUUCAUCCUCCGGCUCCAAUAGAAAAACAAGGUAAAGGAGGGGAGGGAAGCAAAACAACGCGAACUAAAGUCAUUGCAAGUGUUACUGCAGCAAUUGUAGGAAUACUCCUGUUCAGUUCCUUCUUUUAUACCACGUGGAGAAGGAAAAUUCAGAAAGAGGAGGAGGAGAGAGCUAGCCAGGAGGUUCAAUUAUUAGACCUGGGAAGAGGACGAACUAGAGAUGAGUAUUCAUGUGAAAAUAUCACAGGGGAAAUGGACGCCCAAGAUUUUCCUAUGAUCCCGUUUGACAUCAUAGCAGAAGCCACAGACCAUUUUUCUGACGAUGCUAAACUUGGAGAAGGUGGGUUUGGCCCCGUGUACAAGGGUACAUUACCAGAUGGCAAGGAAAUUGCAGUUAAGAGGCUCUCAAGAACUUCUGGCCAAGGACUGCCGGAAUUCAUGAAUGAAGUCACAUUAAUUUUCAAACUGCAACACAGAAAUCUUGUCAGACUCCUCGGCUGUUGCUUAGAAAAAAGUGAAAAAUUGCUUAUCUAUGAGUACAUGCCCAACAAAAGUCUCGAUGUCUUUCUUUUUGACUCACAGAUGGGUGUACGCCUUGAUUGGCAGAGACGUCUUAGCAUCAUCAGCGGGAUUGCCAGAGGUCUCUUGUAUCUACACGAAGAUUCUAGACUCAGAAUUAUUCAUCGGGAUCUAAAAGCUAGCAAUAUUUUGCUUGACUAUGAGAUGAAUCCAAAGAUAUCAGACUUUGGAAUGGCAAGAAUUUUUGGAGGAAAUGACAGUAAAAGUACAAACAGAAUUGUUGGUACCUAUGGAUAUAUGUCUCCAGAGUAUGCUAUGGAAGGACUUUUUUCUGUGAAAUCAGAUAUUUUCAGUUUUGGAGUUCUCCUCUUGGAGAUAAUUAGCGGGAGAAGGAAUAACCGAUUUUAUGUUGAAGAAGAGGGUGAAAGCCUCCUCACUUUUGCAUGGAAACUGUGGAAUAAGGAUCAAGGACUGGAAUUGUUGGACCCAGCAGUUGUAAAUUCAAGCGUGGCGAUUGAGGUGCUAAAAUGUGUCCACAUUGGGUUGUUGUGUGUGCAAGACGAUCCAGCAGAAAGACCCACUAUGUCGUCUGUUGUUGUCAUGUUGGCAAGUGAUACCAUAACUCUUCCUCAACCCAGAAAACCUGCAUUUUCUAUUGGGCAAUUUGUUGCAAGAUCAGCGACAUCAUCAUCAAAUCCUAAAGUUAGUUCUGUUAAUCAGAACAAUCUCAAGAACCUUUUGCUUUCUCUUCCCUCAAAUGCUUCUGGCUUAAAAGUGUUCGACUCCUCCAUUGGAAAUAACACAGAUAAAGUCUAUAGCCAAUACAUGUGCCUGAACUAUGUAACAAGUGAUAAAUGCAGCAGCUGCAUCCAGACAGCGUCUGAAGAUAUCAAGCAGUCUUGUGCAAAUAGCGCAGAAGCAAUUGUGUGGGAGGAGGUCUGCCAAUUGCGCUACUCGAAUCAAAGUUUCUUAGGUCAUUUGGAUGUCUCAGGAAAUCAAUUCUAUGAUAACGAAAAGAACAUUUCAAAUCCAGACCAAUUUAGAUCAUUAGUGAAUCAGACUGUAAGUGGUCUGAUUAAGAAGGCGGCUUUUAAUAAUUCUGUUAACAUGUAUGCUACCGGGGAAGCUGCCUUCACGAGUACAGAGAAACUGUAUGCUCUAGUUCAGUGCACCACAGAUUUAUCUUCAGAUGACUGCAGUACUUGCCUUCAGGUUGCCUUGGCAAAUCUUUCAAGUUGCUGCUAUUUUUCUCGCGGCGCAAGGCUUCUUAGCCGAAGUUGCUAUUUAAGGUAUGAGUUAUAUGCCUUCUAUAAAGGUGAAAAUGGAGAUCCUGCUUCUGCACAAAAUCAGGGGACAGGAAAAAGCAAACAAACCAAAACUUGGAUGAUUGCAUUUCUUACAGCUACAACAGCAAUCCUGGUCGUAUUGGCUUUGAGUUCCUUCAUCUAUAGCCGUUCUAUGAAGAAGGGUAAUAAGAAAUGGAAGAAUGAAAUUGCAAGUCAACAAUUUCCAUUCCACUUGCAGAGUACCAGUGAUCCAGACAAUCCUGCUUUUCAGAACCAAAGUUUUCAUGGAAAAGAUGGCCUCAGUGCUAAAGAAUCUGGGUUUAUGGAUUUCGCAUCUAUACAUGCAGCUACUGAUAAUUUCUGUGAAUCGAAUUUGCUUGGACAAGGCGGUUUUGGCCCUGUUUACAAGGGUAUAUUAAGUGAUGGAAAGGAAAUAGCAGUGAAGAGGCUCGCAACCUGCUCUGAGCAGGGAAUAGAGGAGUUCAAAACUGAAAUUCAGCUUAUAAUGAAACUUCAACACAAAAAUCUUGUCAGGCUUCUUGGUUUUUGUUUUGAUGGUGAAGAAAAGCUGCUUGUCUAUGAAUUCAUGCCUAACAGCAGCUUAGAUGUCAUCCUCUUUGAUCCCAGGAAACGUGCUCAACUUGAUUGGUGCAAACGUAUUAAUAUCAUAAAUGGAAUUGCAAAGGGAAUUCUGUAUCUUCACGAGGAUUCUCGACUUCGAAUUAUUCAUCGUGAUCUAAAACCUAGCAAUAUUCUGUUAGACAAUGAAAUGAAUCCCAAGAUUUCAGACUUCGGAACAGCAAGGAUUUUCGGCAGUGAAGGGGAAGCUAAUACUUGUAGAGUAGUUGGAACAUAUGGAUACAUGGCACCAGAAUACGCCAUGGAGGGACUAUACUCAACUAAGUCUGAUGUUUUCAGUUUUGGAGUUCUUUUGCUUGAGAUCAUAACUGGUAGAAAGAACACCGGAUCCCACAAAUCAAAAAAUGCUCCUAACCUGUCAGCAUAUGCAUGGCAUUUGUGGAAUAGAGGAAAUGAGCUGGAGUUGAUGGAUCCAUUGUUGUCUGAUUCUUGUUGUCCUGAUGAAUUCUCAAGAUACAUGCAUAUUGGAUUACUAUGCCUUCAAGAAGAUGCUUGUGACAGGCCUACCAUGUCAUAUGUUGUUUUAAUGUUGAGAAGUGAAGCUGCAGCUCUUCCCCAACCCGGAAAGCCAGCCUUUUCUGUGGGAAGAUUCACAAACAACAUUGAAGCAAAUUACAAUGAUUCUUCUACCAAUUAUUUAACCACUUCCGAUGUUUCGGCUCGAUGAUAUAGCAGAUAAAUUAGAUGUAAAAUGAAAAUGUAUUGUAUUUUCAAUUAGUUCUGAUUUCUUUCAUGAUUUGUGAACCAAAUAUUCCUUAAAUCCCAUUAAUUCCUAAGAAAUGCAAAGACAUAAAUUUCAAAAAACUGA